GCGGGUGUUUUCCUCUUAUUUAUGGCUCCUGUGCUCUUUCAGGUACCGUUACUACCCUAUGGUUCACUCCCAAACAGCCCAGCAUUUGGACAUAUUCAAGGCAGCAUACAAAGUGUUAAUAUCUGCCACAAAAAAAGAUCUCUAAUCAAAAUAGCGCUAUCUUCGAGGAACAGUGAUGAAGAUUUAACUUUUAGAAGAUCACAUUUCCGUUGAAAGGAUAAAGAGGAAAUUCUAGACAAGACUGACGUUAUGCUAGUCACCUGCAAUUCUCCCUCCCACCCGGGAAGGAACGGCAGAGCCAUUGGAGUUUAGCCAGAGGAGCAUCUUUACCUCACCGGGGUCAGAUUUUGGCUACAAGCUAGCUGAUUCUGUGAGAGAAAAUAAAAUGUGGGCCGUGAGAUUUUCAUCCUUGUGGUUGAACAGAUGAAUUAAGCCUAUUCUAAGGUGAAUACUAGACGAUAAAUACUAAUGGAGCCUUUCGCCAAGAUGGCAGAGAAUGAAAGUGCUCAAUUACAGAGAGCAAUAUUCGCACAGUAUAUUAUGAUGAAAAAGCUAUUCAAGGAGCUAGAAGAGGAAAAAGAAGCUUCAGCAACUGCUGCAAGUGCAGCACUGUCAAUGAUUCGGAAGCUUCAGAAAGAAAAGGAGGCGGAGAGGAUGGAAGCAUGGCAGUAUAAAAGAAUAGCUGAGGAAAGGAUGAUUCAUAAUGACAGGGCUAUGGAGAUUGUGAAGGAAGUCAUGCAGCAGAAGGAACUGGAGAUCUAUUAUCUGAGGAAUCAACUGCAGGUGUAUAAACAAAGGUUACUGGAUGUUGGCAUUGAUGAUUGUGAUAUUUCGGACGAGACAAUAGCCAAAAAUAUCCCUUUGUUUGAAAGCAAAGGUGUAGAGAAUCUUUGUUAUAACAUCAAAAGGAAUUUCUCACUGCCAAUUUUGCAGUUGAAUAAGCCUUCUGAAAUGGACAACAAAAACGAUGGAGCGAUUCAAUCGCCAAAGAGCAGGCUAGGUGUUUACAUGCACAAUUCUAGUGAAAAUGAACUGGAACAAGUUUCAGGCGAUGGUACCGACUUGAAGGACAUAAAGCCCAAGGAAAGCUUGUCAACUCAUAUAGACAGCACCGAGAAGUGUAGAGAAGAAUCGAAGUCUUCAAGCAGUGGUAGUUUGCAGAACUCUUAUCCAUCGGAAGAGUCUUCAGGUUGUUCCCCGUCCGUAAUGGUGAAUCAUCAGACAGAUGUAUGUAGUCAAAGAGAAACACGGAUUGGGGAAGAUGCGGAAGACAAGCUGCGUCGUGAUCCACCCAGGACUUCACGCUCUGACAAUGAAGUGGAUAAAAUUGCAGCUCAACGUACAGGUGAUGUUGACACACUCAAAGCUCCAGAACAAAGCAAGGCGCCAGAUCCCUCAUGUACUGAAAAUGGCAUCAAAAGAGAAGAAUCUGAAUUGUCUCCCGCGGUUGUUCUGAAAGAUAAACGUGUUACCAAGUUUGCAGCAACUCGAAAAGUUGGCUCCAUGAACAACGUCGACAGACAUGUCCGUGUAAGCGCGGGAAAUUCCACACCACGAGCUGCGGGAAAUUCCACACCACGCACUAUGGGAAAUUCCACACCACGGGCUGGAAUUGAGAGAACAAGGUCAAGGCUGAAGCGCGUUCAGAGUGAAAAGAUGAUUGAGCUAAAUGAACCUAGGAAAAGUAAGGAGCAGAUAAUAAUGCUGAAGGAGGUAUACGAGCAGCUUAACAUGAUAGAAGCACAUAUGAGGCCUUCAAGUUCACAGGAGACCCCUCGAAAUGAGCAGUCGUUAGAUUCUGUCAUGGAGGCGGCGCUGUCCUUCUCCAUAUAGUCCAGUUGGGCUAUAGCCAUCUGAAGGAGACCGUGAGGCCAUCUCCAAUGAUUCGAGUCCUGCUGUAGCUUGAAGGUUUGUCAUAAUACCUGCUUGCUUUUCAAGGCGAUCUCGGAGCAAAGACAAAUUUUGGUAUCUAGGUAUCUCAUCUCCUCCAUCACAUCAAAAUCAUCAGUGCAGCGAGAUGCAACCUGAGGAGAGCUCAGCGCAAAUUCCAUUCGUAUCGUUUGUCUGUAACCGCUAUCUGAAACACGUCACCUACAAACUCAUUUUUUGAAGAAAUGUGGGCAUUGGUCCGGCUGACCUGAGCCCACUUCCGGGGCACCCGGUGUAAUGUAUGUUUUGGUCGUUUCAGAUUUGUAGGAACCUUGGAUUGAAUCAAGGCACGACCGAAGCACUCUGGUCAUGGGCUAACAGACGGGAAUUAUGUACAACUCCUGUAACUUAUAACAACAGUAUUGAUCCCUGUAAAAUUCCAGAGAGAUUCAUGUCUUGAAGAAACCAAAAGACCUAGGCCAAGGCACCAAGCGGCACGCCUGGUCCUGCUGGCUUCUCUUUCUUCAA